UCAUGGCAGAAUUUCUCCCCUUUUAAUCGUCUCAUUUCCCAAACCUCGCCGCAGGUAAGGGAGGGAAGGGAGCUGAACCGGCGGCGAAGACGGCGUCGCUGAGCCCGGAGAAGCGCCUCGCCUCGCCGCCGACGGCGAGCGUGCUCAGGUGUCGCAGCGGAAAAGGUCUGGCUCAAUCCCUCCCCUCUGUCGCUCGCCCGCUAUCUCGUUGUACGCGUUCUUCUGCCGGCCGCGCCUAUGAUGCGCCAUGGUUUUGUUGCGUAGAUCUGUGUUUUUAGGUGCUGAUCUGCGGAGUUUAGUUUGGUAUCGAGUGGAUUGAGCUGUGAUUUAGCCAAAACAGAAGGGAUGCCACUCUGGAUAUGGAGUAUUUAGUUGAGUAAAAUGAUCAAGCCUAUAAAUGUGUACCUUAACAUGUACUUCCUCCGUUUCAUAUUAUAAGACUUUCUAGUAUUACCCACAUUCAUAUAUAUAUGUGUGUCUAGAUUCAUUAACAUCUAUAUGAAUAUGGGCAAUGCUAGAAAGUCUUAUAACCUACGGAGGUAGUACUAGCCAAUCAUAGGGGUUCCAGGGAGGGUGGACUCCCACCAAGAUUCUGUGGAUGAGGAGGAUGUAAAAAGCGUCCUGAGGCGCCUGCUGCACAGGUGCCGGGAGGCCAAGAAGAUUGACAAGCAUACUAUGUAUUAUACCAUGACAUGUAAAUGAAGGUCAAGGGUAACAUGCUCAACAACAAGAGGGGACCUUAUGGAGAGUAUCCACAAGUGCAAGCUGAGAAAGCUAGGAAGAGAACUCUUUCCGACCAGUUUGAAGCCAAGCUUGCCAAGAGCAUGGCAAGCCAAGAAAGGAAGAUUUCCAGGAGGUAGGAGAGGUUGGCUCAGGAAAGAUCUGAUAAGUGGAUGCUUGUCGUCAAUUAUGUUGAGAUCUGCAGCUAUCAUAUGGACCGGUAACCUGCACCAGCUGCUGCAGCUCCAGCAUAUGUACCUUGAAACUGCUUUUUUCUCUUUCACGGCUAUUAGUUCUUUGUUUGCUUAUUAUCUGCCAGUUUCCAUUGUUUUAGGGUACCAAAAAAAGUGGAGGAGCCAAGAGUUGCUAAGAAGCUUUAGCUUGCUGGUCAGUUGGUACCAUUGAGGAUUAGCCUAAUUUUGCAGCUCUGAACUGUUUUGCUCUAAAUCAAAUGUCCUGUUUCAGAUACUUUGGAUAUCAUAUCGUGUUCGUUCUGUUGGAUGUAGUAGACUAGUAGAGAUGUUUACGCAGUCUCUUAAACACACUUGUGCUCGUAAUUCUGCUGAUGUUUAUGAAUCUAGUUUUGCAAUACUAAACAAUAAACAGUUUGUGGUU